AUGAUCACACACACCGGCCAGCGUCCCCACAAGUGUUCGUUCUGUGAGAAGACGUUCAUCCGGCAGAACCACCUGAAAACCCACCUGAGGAACCACACGGGGGAGCGACCUUACAGCUGCUCCUUCUGUGAUCGGGGCUUCACCACCAAGGCCCUGCUGACCCCUCACCUGCGCAUCCACACGGGAGACCGACCUUUCACCUGUGACCUCUGCGGCAAAGGGUUCAUCCAACGCUCACACCUCAAGGCCCACGCCAAGACCCACGCCAAGACCAAGACCUUCACCUGUCUCAUCUGCAGGAGGGUGUUCUGUGAGAGAGGAGACCUGAUGGUCCACUCCAGACAGGAGCACCCUGAGUGA